AGCCCCGCCUCCUUCAAGGAGUGGUGGAACUGUUGUUACAAAACCUGCACAUUACAAUGUUAAAUAACUUCUCUUGCUUAGCGUAAGGAUGUAAUUUGACGAGGGGGACAGUGAGAAUUAUGUUGUACGUUCGUAUUGUGAUUUAAAAAAAGAAGAGAAGAAGUCCGCGAAGAAGAAAAACAUGGCAAAGCGGCGUGUUUGUCCGGAGGCAGAUGUCACUACAAAGAAGCUGAAGCAGGUGAUGGAGGCGAAGAAGAGAGAAGUCAAGAUAAAGGAUGCAGAUGAUGACAACACAGAAGUGUCCGAGACCCUCAGAAGGAAAGUCCAGCCCAAGCCACGUUCCUCCAAAGCUGCUGGGAAGGUUCCCUCAAAGACGCCCACCAGCAAACACUUCCAUUCUUCACCAGUAAAGAUUGACAAAAAGAUGAGCCUAGCAGCGUCCUCUGCUGCAAACAAAGACCAGAAAGUAGACGAAGAGGAGGAGGAUGAGAGUGAGGAAGAGGAGGAUGAUUGGGAGGAAGUAGAAGAAUUAGCUGAGCCGCUGGGUCCACCAGAGUCAACAGAACCAGUCCUGCCUACUGAGCCAGUACAGAUAGAAAUCGAGACCCCAGAGGUUCAGAAAAAGCAAAAGAAAAAGGCUGAAUUUGAGAUGUACCUGAGGCGGAUGAUGAACCGUUACAAGAAGGACCUGCUGAUAGACACGCACAAGGUGCACCUCAUGUGUCUGUUAGCCAACGCGAUGUUCCGCAACCGCCUCUGCAGUGAACCCGACUUGCUGGCCAUUACCCUGUCGCUGCUGCCUACCCGCAUUAGUGCUGUCGCCAAAGAACGCAUCGACCAAAACUACCUAUCUGGGCUUCUCAAAUGGUUUCGAGCUAAUUUCACACUCAACCCCAGUCUGUCCUACGAGGAGCAUCCGAACCCUCGCUCUCUACUGGAGAGACGUCUGGCCAGUCUAUCAGCAAAGAACCACCAGGAGAUGACACAUCUCUUCAUGUUGGUCCUCAGGUCUCUGCAGCUCUUUUGUCGCUUGGUUUUUUCCCUGCAGCCCAUUCCUCUCAAAGCUCCAUCAGCCAAGACAAAGGGGGCUGCAGCAACUUCCGAAUGCCCAGCAAAAACACUGCAAAGCCAGGAAACAUCUAAGGAGAAAAUCUCUCCGGGCAUGAAGAGAGGAGGAGGAGGGAAGGGUGCCGGAAGCAGAGGAGGGAAAAAGGCAAAAAGGGAAGAAUUAAAGGAGGAAGAAGAUGAGGAGGAUGAGAAGAAGAUUAAGGUGUCAGGAGGAGGACAGAGGCCAAAGAACUCCAAGCGACGCAGCAUCGCCUCAAAGGUCAGCUACAAAGAAGAGAGCAACAGUGAGGAUGAAGAGGAGCUCAGUGAUGAGGAGUUUAAAGCAUCGAGCGAAGAGGACAGUGACGAUUCAGAGAGUGGAAAGAAAGCUAAACAGAGGAGCAACACUAUCCAGAAAAGACGGAGUGGUGGAAAGAAAGAGGAAGUGAAAGAUGAGGAAGAAAAAGAAAGCGAAGGAGUGACCAAAACAAAGCAAGGAAGAGCAAAGAAGAACAUCGGUCCUGGAGCUGAUGAGUGGAUGGAGGUGUUCCUGGACAAAACCUCCUCCUGGGUCUGCGUACAUGUGGAGCACGGAGUGGGGGCACCUCACCUCUGCUCCCAGAAUGCAACACAGCCAAUCACCUAUGUGGUGUCCGUGGAUGGAGACGGCUUUGUUAAGGACCUGGGGCGCAAGUACGACCCCACGUGGAUGACGACGACCAGGAAGAGGCGGGUGGAGGAGGAGUGGUGGGAGGAGACGCUGCAGCCGUUCCUGAGGCCUGAGGAUGAGCGGGACAAAAAGGAAGAAACGGAGAUGCAGAGACAGCUGCUCAACAAGCCCCUCCCCAUCGCCAUCACCGAGUACAAGAAUCACCCGCUGUACGCCUUAAAGAGACACCUGCUCAAAUAUGAAGCCAUCUAUCCUCACACUUCCGCCGUACUUGGGUACUGUAGAGGAGAGCCUGUCUACUCCAGAGAUUGUGUGCAUACGCUACACUCCAGAGACACGUGGCUGAAAGAAGCACGGACUGUAAGAAUAGGAGAAGUGCCCUACAAGAUGGUGAAGGGCUUUUCUAAUCGUUCCCGCAAAGCUCGUAUGAUGUCUGAGCAGAAGGAUGAAAAUGACUUGGCUCUGUUUGGAGAAUGGCAGACUGAAGAUUAUCAACCACCCAUAGCUGUGGAUGGAAAGGUUCCCCGCAACGACUAUGGUAACGUCUACCUAUUUAAACCCUGCAUGUUGCCGGUGGGCUGUGUCCACCUCAGACUGGCAAACCUGAACCGUGUUGCCAAGAAGUUGGACCUGGAUGCUGCCCCUGCCGUCACCGGCUUCGACUUCCAUGGGGGAUAUUCACACGCAGUGACUGACGGCUACAUAGUGUGUGAAGAGCACGAGGAGAUCCUGAGGGCCGCCUGGGUGGAAGAGCAAGAGCUUCAGAAACAGAAAGAGAAGGAGAAACGAGAAAAGAGGGUUGUCUCCAACUGGACUCUGCUCGUGAAGGGCCUGCUGAUUCGAGAGCGCCUUAAACAGCGUUACGGCAAGAAGGGCCUCUCUUCCAAUAAAGCUGCCGGAGACAAAUGUGACGGCCUUUCAUCGGAUGAGGACAUUGUUGCUGAGGAAAAUCCCAGCAGCAAAACGGCGUCAGAGACCUUGGCUAUGUCCUGGCCCCAAAACAGACAAGCAGAACAGGAGACAGGAGGGGGUGUUAAAAUAUUGAAGACAAAGCGGGACAUGAGAGGGAAAGAGAAACAUUUGUUCCCUUUUGAGAAAGCAUGACACUGCAGAAAUCAUUUGCACUUAAUUCACUGGUAUCACAAAGCACUGACCACCAUGCGUAUGCAUAAAUCCACGGACAGGUUUAAUGGCAUCAAAAGAGCCAUAUGUGCUCUAUUAUAAACAGUAUGACAAUAAACACAUUUCAAACACAGGCCACAUAAAACGGGUACACACAUUUUUGUACAGGAAAUGUUAAGUCAUUGCUUGAAUUUGUAAUCCUUACAACAAAACUAUUUUUUGUACGUGAAUAAAAGAAAAAUCAUGUUGGGUGUUCAUAGAUGCAUGGAACUAUUUUUUUAUGUUUAAAUGUUUUAAUUGUUUACAUACAAUAAUAAAAAAAACAACCUUUCAGUACCUCAGAAGAGCUACCUAAAAAAUACUGCAAUGUUUUGGUCAUCACUGUAAAAAUUAAUAAAGUAUUCAGUUAAUGAA